GGGCCGGCCCAAUCAGAGGGCGUAGCUGGCCAAGGGUCCACGCUGCUGCCACCCCGGGUGUGGAGCCCACUGGGCCCAGCGCAGGGUGUCCCUGGGCCGAGUGUGCGAUGAGCCCCGAUCGCUGGCAUCCCUGCAGCCCGUCCCUCAUCGGCGGCCACAGCUUGGGAUCUGAGCAUCUGAAGCUUUUCCACACGCGCAAAAUCGGAUCGAGGCCGUCCUGGCACCUGGUUUCCUGCCAAUUCGCAGCUCAAUGCGGCGGCGCUGCUGCUUGCAGUCUCGGCUCACCACCGUUGAGGGCCCCUCUCCAAAGGCAGGCAGGCAGGCAGGCAGAGGCUCUCAGAGGCCCUCAUACACCCUGCUUGUACCCUACACUCGUGCCCCUCCCUCUCUCCCGUCUCCGUCACUUACAAGCCGCAGCCUUCCGUGUCGUACAGAGUACCCAGUACCGAGUUGCACACCUCACGAAUCUCGAUUCUCAUCGUGAUUGCCCCCCGGGCUGCGUCACAGUCUGCCUGCGCUGUCCGCUGGCCCCUACGACGCCCGGCCCGACAAAACACUCCUCCUUCCCCUCCAGCUUUUGCCGAGAGGUUGUGCGAGGCAUACGCUCAUGUCCUGCUUCAUUUUUGAAUGAACAUCGUCGACCUACACAGUACCGACUGGCCCCUGGAGCAACACGGCCACGAAUCUGUUCACCCGCCGCCCGCUUAUACACAUCCAUAGCCCAACCCCUUCGCAACCAACCUCGCGAGAGUCGUAACUCCCCGCCUCGCUCUCGUCGUCUCAUCCCACCAACCAGCAAGGGUUCUACUCGAGGCCCUUCGAUAGAAUCAUCUUGGGUAGCAAAGCUUGUUAGCAUUUGAUCACCACAGCGUUCUUGUGCUGUUGCGGCAUGUCCUGGACGCCAUGCUGCAUUGCUCCGAUUUGAGUCACCACAAGAAUUGGCAUAAUACCAGACAUUAUGGCCGGCAGUGAACCCAAGUCUAAGAGGCCACAGUUCCGGCAGACGCUGAGUGACCGUGGGCACCCGAUGCCGCGGAGGGCUUCGCCAGAAGGUUCCGUCACCCUUCGACACCAUCGCCUCGCCAGGGAUGCCUCCAUGAGGCCCGAGACAGGCAGCAAUGCCGUCUCCGGAAGUUCGCCCAGGAGGAAUUCCUCGGGCGAGAGCCACGACACGGGUCAGAGCGAUCCUAAACGAUGGUUUGAUCUGUCCAACAAGAACGCCCCGGCCGCAUUUGAUCACGCCACUAUGGAUGUCGAUCCCCCAUUCUAUCAGAAGCAAUCUGAUUCGUCCAAUGAGGAGAUGAUACCGCCAGCUCGUGAGAGCGCGUAUCACCACGUUCCGACGGGUCUCCACUCUCAGAACUACAGCAGGCCGACGAUGGCGCAAAGCAGUAGCGCUGAAGACUACAGGAGUGUCAUCGAUGAUCUGACCAUCGAGAACAAACGGCUCAAGGACGAGCUCAAAAGAUAUAGGCAAUUUGGGCCAGAGCUGCUCCGCAAAGACCGCCUUUUCGAAAUCAAGGUACAUGGUCUAGCUGGUAGCAAGAGGCGAGAGCUCGAGUCAACGUUGCGUGACUUUGCUGCGAGCUUGGAAGGCUCGCCGGCGACGUCUGUGCAGCGAGGAAAGAAGAGCUCCAAGCAUGCCAACCGACUCCAGGGAUCGAGUUCGAAUUCCAAGCAUGCUUCGUCGUCGUCCUCACACUCGCGGCCUGUCGAUUCCGCCUACGCGUCCAUGUCGACCGGGCGGAGCUCAAAUGGCCCAAAUGUCAAUUCAUUGUCCCAGAGGCCGUCUUUUGGCCGGACAAAGUCAUCCACGGAUCACAAGGUGGAGACAUAUCUGCAAGACAUUCCCGAAGGCCUGUUUCCCCGGCCGGUCGCCAUGACGGACAAGGAGAAAAAGAAGCUGGUCGUGCGAAGGCUCGAGCAACUCUUUACCGGUAGGAUGUCCGGGAAGCACAGAUUUUCCCGCAACAAGACAUUACUUUCGGUCCCGGAGCCUGUCAUCGCUCUCGCACCACCCCAAGAGGGCGAAGCGUGCAGGGAAGCUCGCAUAGAAUCAGGCAAGAUGACCUCCACGGAGAACCUGUCCACGUCAAAUUCCAAUGGCGAGAAUGACGUCGCAGGGGAUCGCACAGGCAGUGGAAGUGGAAGUAACGAACACAACGGACAAUAUGCCUCGCCGCAGACAGGUGACCUUGCAGAACAGAGAGCUACUCGACCUCGAGACCUGGAUCCUGAUCGGGUUCAGGUCCCGUCAGAGAACAUGCAAUACAUUCGGCACUUGGGCGUGACAGCGCCGAAAGACCUUGGGGAGACGAGAUUCAGGUCCCAGGACGUGUCUAUCGAUGCAGAAGGCUGGAUUCAUUUGAAUCUCUUGUGCAACCUGGCGCAGCUGCACAUUCUCAACGUGACCCCUAGCUACAUCCGAUCGGCGAUCAGUGAGAAGUCGGCCAAGUUCCAACUUUCACGGGACGGCCGAAAAAUUCGCUGGCGCGGCGGAGUCGAAGGCACGAAAUUCAGCAGCGACAGCAGUGGAAACAGUUCGCAGAGGAGCCCCGAGACAGAAGGCACGGACGGCUCAAACGAACAGGGCCAGCGGAAGAGGCAGAGGAAGAGCGAGCACGCGUCAGACCCAUCCGACCAGAGUCACAACCAGACGAAGCUUGUGCCCCAGAACUCUGUCUCGUCAGAAGGCUUCCAUUACAAGCCUUUAUUCCUGCACAACCGUUCCUCAUCUGCGGAAACCUCCAUGGACGAGACGGGCUCGCAGGCAUCCUUCGGGGCCGUUGAGAACAGCAACAUGAACUCUCGAUCCACGGGUUUUGUCAGUGGAUCCGGAUCGUCGCCGAGGAAGAAGCGACGCAACGAUGGUGCCAUCAUCUACUACAACGGAGCACCUUUCUGUACCGAUCUCUCUGGCGACCCAGGAGACGUCUCACCUGCCACAUACCUCGCAUCCUCGAGCCAAGAUAAUGCCUCGAAGGAUACCGAGGCAGAAUCUCCUGGUCUAAACCGCACCAUGUCUGGCUCAUCUCUCCCAUUCCGACCACUCGUCGACGGACCUGAGCAGACAGAUGUUGACAUGGACCAGGAGCCCGAACUUGUCACCGACGACGGAGAGCUGUCAGAGAGCGAUACCGGGUUUGAGUUCCCGUGGUGCGACAACUCAGAAAAGCCCCAGCUGAAGCCGCUCGCGGCACAGCUAGAGCCGUGUGGGCUCGGCGGUGUGACUCCAGAAGACCAUUUUGCCAUUCUCGUCGUCACCAAGCAGCCCAUUCACAGUUCAGGGCGGGCUCUACGUCACCUGGUUCGCAUUGGGUCGAAUGAGACAGCCGCCUCGAUUUCAAGCAGGAUUGCGCAUUUGGCCGACAUAGAGGCACAUGCAUCGCGCCGGCGCCCCUACCAACCAUCUCAGAUUCCGGUGCAAGUUGUUGCUCAGCGUUACAAGGGUCUGAAGCCUCUUCCCCUACCUCCGCCGGCGAUGUUUUAUCCACCAUUUACCGAGACUACCGAGUCGGAAGACUCGGGUUUUGAAGAUGGCUCUGCCGAUGAGGAGGACGAUUCAGAUGUAGAUAUGGGUGGCUUCGAGGCCAUUUCACAGCGAGUGAACCCUAAACAGUCUGACCAGGACUUCCUCACAAGGGGCGCCCCCGGCUCCGACGAUGACGAAGUUCACAGCAUGGGCGCCAAGGUUGCCUCCAAGGCAGCAUUCGUUCCCCGAGUACGCAAGUUGUCCCACGGCUCUAGCCGGCCGGGCCGGAGUCUAAUACAAGGCAUGGAUGUGCACCCAGAUAGCUCCGGCGCCACGGCAGGAGGGGAAGCGAGUGGCUACAGCAGCAGUGAGGAGGAUGACUAGAGACUUUGUUCGUUGACUCCGGCGGGUGUUGCACCUGCAUGUGUGCUGUCCCUUGAAAAUGUACACAGACCGAGUUCUUGCAUCUUUAUUGGCGUUGGGAUUGUUUAUUUGAUGGACGAGCUUUGAUCUCGGGGCAUGAUACCAAUUUCUAGCGGCCGCUGCGAAAAGUUCACCAGCGAGAUUUAUCCAAGUCAUGUACGUGGCAUCGAGUUAAGCAUUACAGGCAAUGUCAUUGGUUUAUAGC